UGAGUGACACCAACAUUUGGUUAAGCAUGAAGGCUGUCCCUGUUAAUACGACUUAAGCAAUGCAUAGGCUACAGUUGAACAAAAGGGCCAUUGUACCAUACCUGCAGUGUAAAGCUCUACCUUGUUCAGUUCAUGACUGACAUAGUUACUGAAUGAGCCACGUUGUAUAUGACAUUUCGAAAACACUGGAUACAUUUGCCACGUACUAGGAAACUUGGAAAUGUUCGACUUGUUAAUUGAAAGCGACACGUGUAUAACGACAAGCAGACCAGUUAACAAGUCGAAAAUGUCAGUUUCCUAGUUCCGAUUAGCACUUGAAUGCGGCACCCUUCAAGUUGGCUACUUGGACAGGAACCUAAAAUAGUGACAGUUCCCAAAAUAAUGGCAAAACGCGCCCAUCGUGCGGAAACCAAUAGAAUCCCUUGUGUUAGGGCGAGCCUCCGUACGCUUAGCCAAUCAGAACGGCGGAAUUGGAUCAAUGCUUCCUAGUGUACAAGCAAUGCAGUCAUGUAAUGGCCACAGAAAUAAUGUCAACAUGGAACUGUGGCAAGGACGGGAUCCCUUUCUGCAAAAAUAAGACGGCGAAAAACUUUGAGGACUGUCAUUUCGAAAGGUUUUAAUAUAGUUAAUGAUUAUCUACGGUGUAGUGAGAAGCGUGGUUCUCCUGUGUAUCUGGACUGUAUCUGGACUGUAUCAAUGGUGUCGUUAAGCAACAGAGCGCUGGUCUCUGAUAAUGACCUCUUUAGGGAAGGUGUUAGCCUGGUCUCCCUGGGGCUUGUAGAGGGAGAGGGUAGUGAGGGGGGGGGAGCGAGGGGGGGAGCUUUACUUCCUGUUACAGUCCCGAGGCCGGGGACAUGGGGGCUCGACUCAGCUUCAGCCCUGGAGAGGAGGAGGAUGACGAAGAGGAAGGGGGCCUGCUCCGACUCUAUCUGACCCCCACAGAGGGUCUGCCUGACUUCAGCCCCCGCCUGCCCUCACCCUUCUCUCCCACCAUGGAGGACAUCGAAGAGUUCCUCAGGGAGAAGAUGGAGCUGGUGAGAGAGGGGGUUCUCUUCUCUAGUGAACCCAUAGAGGAGCCAGCUCCCUCCCCUUCCAGCUCCAUGGAACAACCCCUCUCCUCAGGGGGACACAGUGAGCCAGGGACCAGCAAUGCUCUGUCACCCCCCACCCCACAAACCCCCAAUUGCCCUCACACCCGAAGCCCAUCCCCCCUCACCCCCUCAGUGUUCCUGGGAGCACCCCUGGUUUUCCAGGUCCAGUCCUUGCCUCUGGCCCAGCCUCACCCCCAGACAGGCUCUCCUCCUGGUGCAUCCAGUGGGCUGAGAUUGGCCCACCUGGUUCUGGGACUCCACAGAGGACAGAAUGUUACCCUGCUGGCCUCACAGGUGCCCUCCACCCUUCUCAACAUAGCCAGCACGGACGCUCCAGACCAGAAGUACGUGAAGAUUGCCCCUCUACCGAUCACUGUGAGGAUUGCCGGGGGGCUUGUUGGGGCAACAGUCAUUGAAGGUCACAGUGGAGGGGUUGUGGUCAAAUCUGUGGCCCCCCCUAGGGUCAACAGACCCCCCCAUAAAGAGACGCUGAGGGUACACAAAUGUUCCCACCCGGGCUGUGAGAAGAUGUACACCAAGAGCAGCCAUCUGAAGGCCCACUUCCGCAGACACACCGGAGAAAAGCCAUACACCUGCAGCUGGCCUGACUGUGUCUGGAGGUUCUCUCGUUCUGAUGAGCUGUCUCGUCACCGGCGCUCCCACUCCGGGGUCAAGCCCUACGAGUGCUCUCUGUGUGAGAAGAAGUUUGCCCGCAGUGACCACCUCUCCAAACACACCAAGGUGCACCGCAGUCCCCGGCCUGGCAGAAUCGUCAGAACUACUGUCUGACCCAGCCAGCAUCUCGACACAGCAAACCCAGCUCAGCCCAGUCGUGAUCCUGAUGCCACCCUUAACCCCGUUGCAGCACUUGACCUGGACAGCAGAAUUAUUAGUACCUGCCUCUAGAAUUCAGAGCAGCCUGGUCCCACACCUACACCCUGGCUGUGCCUGCCCAACCCUGCCCAGUCCAACCUCAACCCGACCACAGGCGAACAGACUAAUCAGACUCAUCCACCCAGACCUUCCCCGGGAAGGCCCCGUUAGGGAGUCUGAGUCCUCAUCAGGACACUGGAGCUACAGGAGCAUAUCUGGGCCAGCCAGAAUCUGAUUCAGACCCUGCUGAGCUCUGCCCUCUUUACCCUCUCCUCUCCUCCUUCCUGCAGCAGAGCAGAUGAGGGCUUGUCCUGGUGCUAGACAGUGAACUAACAGGUAACGGCCAUCUCAAGGAUGUGAUUGUUCAGCUUAAAGCGGAUUUCAGGCCUUUAGGUUAAAUCAAAUCCCCCUGCCACACACACACCUCGCUACCCUCAUCAGAUGACAAGUGUGACAGGCAGCUGCACAAGGUCUAACUCUCAGAAGAUAAUGUUGUAUAUGUCAUUAGAUUGUGUUUAAAAGACUACACUGUCACACAUUCUAUUCUACAUAUUAUAUUGCUCUGUGAAUCUGCUUCAGGAGUUAGACCCUCAAGACAGUUUGAGGUAAAUGCACUGGCCCAGCUCAUUCUAGCCCAUAAUCUGUGCUAUUAGCCCAGUUGAAAUUUGAAAGUACUGUGUUGAUAUGUGAGCUGCCAGAUUCUCUCAGAGAACAGGUUUGAGUCUAAAUCUCUUACAUAUCCCCUCCUGCUCCCCAUAGUGCCAACCCUCUGGCCCAAUCACAUCCCCCCUGGCUCUAACGGCCAAUUCAGUACUGUUAUCACCGCUUCCCUGACCUCGUGCCGCUUCCCACUCCCUAAAAGACCUCAGGGGCUGCAGACUAGUGUCUGAUGGUUUUCACCAUGGUGCUUUACUGGUCCAUUAUGUAAUAACUGGUUAGUUAAGAGUCCACUCACAGCCACCUGGUUUGCGUCAGAUGCUGAUUGAAGGCAAGUAACGGAGUGAAAACCAGCAGACACCGCAGCCCACCUGGUCCACACUCUUAAACCUAUAUAGUGUACAGUACUGUACCUGAAAAGGGCAGCUGAUCGUUGUCCAAUCUGUGUCUGUAAAAUAUAACAUUUACAUGUACAGAACAUAUAGAAGCUCCUUUCCAGAAAAACCCUUAGUCAGUACAUUAAGCUAUCCAGUGGUGUCUGUGCUUGGUGGGGCCAUCUGGGGCCAUCUGAUCAGCCAGACGGGAGUUAAUUAUGAGACUCACUCUUCCAUUAAUGAGUUAACCCAUCACACUUCAUCAAUAUGAGCCCUCUGUUCUCAAGUGCACUUAUGUUAGCAGGUCAAGCAGGAGAGGGUUAAGCAUGGAGAAAAGUUAUAGGUAGCCCAACGGCUAAGGAAUUGGACCUGUUGAUGAAAGGUGUCUGGUUCAAAUCCUGUGGCGGGCACUGGAAAAAUAGGUGUGAAUUGAUCUGGUAACUGAAGGGCUGCUGGAUUCACAUCCUAAAGAUGUUCUUCUACUGUUGGGCCCUUAACCCCACAGCAUGCUUUCCAUCCAGGGGCCCUGCACUGCAGCUUGACCCUGUGCUUGUCUCAACUGUGUGUGAUGUGUGCUGUAAGACAUGGACAAUAAAGUUGUUUUCUAAAUGCUAUGCCAAGGACUGGGGGCUCUGCUACCAGUAUGUAAGCUGUAGCUCUGGAUUUGAGUGUAAAAUGUGCUUUUCAACAGGCUACUGCACUUAGGAAACCAUAUAGAGAAAACAAUGGACUUUUCAGGGUAGCAGUUUUGGCCCAUAUUCCUUCAGAGAAACCAGAGUGGAUACAUGCUCUUUAAACCCACUUAUAUUGUACUCAAAUUUCCAGUCAAUCACUCACAUUUGCCAUCGAUCCCAGUGAUUCAGAAUUUAUGAUGAGCCAACCUUUAAAAAAAAAAAACAUUUACCCAUUUGGAUGGGUAAACUCAGAAUGGACCACCACAUCAUCAGUAUCACUGGCAAUCAUCAUUAAAUGGUAUCUUGCCAUUACAGAAACAGUUUGUUGUUUUUUAAUAUUGUUUGUGUAUUUCUUUCUUUGGACAUGACUCGUUUGAUUAGAUCACGACCACAUCAACCCACCUAGACAUACGUCUGACCCAGCUGUGUGUCCAUGGCUGAUCGGGUCCCUCUGAUUCAGUCCUAUUGUAAAUGUUCCCCUUUCUGCCUUACUUUCAACCAUAGGUCGCUCUCUCCCAGUAACUCUAACUACUGUAAUAAUUCAGUUCUGCUGAAAUACACGUUAAAAAAAGAAUUGAAUACCAGACAUGCUAUUUUCCUAUGUAUGAGAAUAAAGGAU